UUUUUCUCUCCAUCUCUCAUUAAUUUCUCUUUAUUUCCGAAGGAUCCAAACUAAGGGUAAGAAGUAAGAACUUGCUUAUCGAGCCCAGAUUGUGUGCUGCAAUCUGAGUCAACUCAGCGCUGAUGAUGCGGGAGAUUGGAGAAAAUUUUCAGUGAAUUCCGGAAUCGUAUUUCUCAAUUUUGCAAGGGUUCCAUCUUCAGAAUCCAGGCUUUCUACUCCUCCCCUGUUUAACCAUGUCUGACUGUGUUUCCUCUAUCCCUCUGGCCUUGUCCGUUACCCAGGUACGAUACUUAGGCUUAGCAACACUGAGAAGACGGUAUCUCUCAAGUAACCAUUGGUCAAGUGCUAGAAAUGGCAGGUUAAAAUCACUGACUACAAGAAGCAGCAGGAAUUCCCGCGUGCUGCAUUCGGAGGGACAAGAAUUUUACGGCGAAUUAGGGUUUAAGGAUAAAGGGGAUGAGUUUAUGGAGUUAGAAUCCAGAAUGGGAAAUGAUAAGGGAAGUGACUCUCCUUUUUUAAAUGCUCUUGAAUUGAAAGAUGAGAAGAGGAGUGGAGAGAAUGAGGAGAGAGCAGAACAGGAAGAUUUGAUUAAAGUUAAAGAUGAUAAGGCAAUUGGGGAGUCUGGGCAGCUGAAUGAGAAGAUGGGAUUCAGGAGAGGAAGACAAGUGAUAAGGAGAUUCAAUAUGUUGGCAAAGCAAGUGAUCAGUAUUCAAUCUGCUCGUAGUUUGGGUUUUGUUUCGCAAAUUUGGGUGGAUACUACUUCUUGGGUGGUGUUGACUGUAGAAGUGAGGCCUAACUUGCUUUCUGGAGAACCAGAGAGGUUUCUUUUAGAGGAUGUUAGACAGGUUGGUGACGUUGUACUUGUUGAGGAUGAGAAUGUGCUGGAAGUUGAAUUAAAAAUGAUUGGCCUUGAAACAUUGGUAGGAUACAGAGUUGUGACUGCAGGCCGGCGAUACAUCGGGAAGGUGCGGGGAUUCUCUUUUGAUGUUAAUUCAGGGACUGUGGAAUUGCUUGAGCUUGACUCAUUCGGGAUUUCCAUCAUUCCAUCUAGUUUGGUGAGUACCUAUGCUUUACCUAUUGAGGAUGUCCUUGAAGUUUUAUCAGACACGGUUAUUGUGCAUGAAGCAGCAGCCUCACGGAUACAAAGGUUAACAAAGGGUUUUUGGGAUGCACAAAACGUAAGUAAUUCCAUUGAUGAAAUGGAAGAAUACUCUGAUAAUGAAAUUUCUGUUGGUUCUGGUCAUGGUCGGAGCACUAGGAGGAGUCCUCGCAGCCAGAAAAAGUUUCGUUCAAAAAUAAGAGAUGCUGAAGAUGAUUGGGAGCUUCCAAUGGAUUACUUAUGAUAUUCGUGACUCCUCUACCUCCUCUUGCACAUUCUCUCUUGCCAUUUUUUUUAUAUUUUGACAUGUAAAUAUCUGUGUACCUAGUUCCCUGCACAACUCUCCUUUUCAUUUUUUUCUUGUAUCCUCCUUUCUUAAUUUGUAUAUCAUAGAAAAAUUAAGAAUGUCUGAAUCACAUCUUGUUACCCUUCACAGAGCAAUCCUGCUUGUAUUGGAAUUUUGAACUAGUGGGAUGAAUUUACAGUCAAAACUGUAAUUUUUUCCGCUCUCAUUUCUUUGGUAUAAUUAAGGUAUUUCUUUGUUGUA